AUGCCGGAUAAACAGGUUUUAUGGAUGUUGGAAAAGUUGGAAGGAUUUGAGAAACCCAAAAUUCAAUUUGAACAAUAUGCCACGUCAGCAGAAUUAGCGGGUAAUUUUUUGAAGAAAAACAAAUUGAGGGAAAUUUUGGGAUCAAAAUAUCGAUUGAAAAAUUGCCGAAGUUUGUUUUGUGGAAUUUUUAUUGGCUGAAAAUCGACGAAAAAUCAAUAUUCAAAAAACUAAAAAUUUUAGGUUGUAAAAGACCGGCUGAAAAUAUUUGUGAAAAUUUUCUCUGAAAAUAUUGAAACAUCCCAAUAUUCUGAAAAUUCAUUGAAAAAAAUUGGAAAUAUUUUUUCUAUAACAAUUACAGUCCAGUUUCGAGAUUUGUGAAAAUUUUUCUGAAAAAAAAUCUUGGAUGAAAAAUUUCUCUGAACUUCUGUUUUGGAACAAAAUGUACGUUUCACGGCUAAAUUUUUCGAAAUACAUUUUUUUACAGUUUCAAUGAUGGAAAUGAUUGAUUCAGAAGUUGGAAUUGAUGAUUGUCUAAUAGCAGAUCUUGGUUGUGGAUGUGGAAUGUUAAUGACAACAAUUGCCACGUGUUAUGAACCACAACAAAUUAUAGGAAUUGAUAUUGAUGAAGAUGCCCUUGAAAUAUGCUCGAGAAAUAUUGAAUCGACAGAAAUUGAGGAAAAAUGUGAAAUUAUUCGAGGAAAUGCUCUCGAAAUUCGGAAUAUUUUCAAACAACCAAUAUUCGAUAUCGUAGUUUUGAAUCCACCAUUUGGAACAAAAAACAAUUCAGGAAUUGAUAUGAAAUUUGUUGAAAAUGCGAUUUCGAUUUGUCGACCCGGUGGAAGUGUUUUCUCGUUGCAUAAAUCAUCGACACGAGAUUUUAUUCUGAAAACUGCGAGGAAGUGGGAAGAUUUGGAGAAAGUUGAGACAAUUGCUGAAAUGCGAUGGAAUCUUCCAGCAACUUAUCGAUUUCAUAAACAAAAAGCUGUUGAUAUUCAAGUUGAUUUGGUGCAUUUUUUGAAAAAAUCGUUAUAA